CACUGAAUAAAUACCUCACAUCAUCAUCACAGCCUGCUGUUACUCAUCAGGCUGUGAUGAUGUUGAUGAUGAUGUGUUGGUACUUUAUUUUUAAGGGGAGGGAGUGGUGCGUCGAAAUCGAAAGUAAGAAGCUCAACUGACAUUGCUACAUUUCUGUUCUGCGCAACAACAAUGUUCCAUGUAACCAGAGACGUUCCGAACACAUUGAGGCUAUUUUGGGCUGAAAACGCAUCAAGGAGACGCUGUUUCAGGUUCUUUACAUUGUGUUUCAGAUAGCAGAAAUGGCUGAGAAGAGGAAGUUGAGGAAGCGAUCCAUCUCUUCUUCCGUGUUGCCUGAACAGCCAAUCAGCUCAGGCAGUGAGCUGAUGAGUUCACAGAUGAGUGAAGCUGAGUCCUCGGGUCCCGCCGGUGACUCUAUGAAGAGUGACAGAUCCAUGUACGACCCGCUCUAUUUUAGUCUUGAAAAGACACAAAGUUCACAGAUUAGUGAAGGUGAUUCCUCGGGUCCCAGCUGUGUGUCCAUGAAGAGUGACAGAUCCAUGUACGACCCACUCUAUUUUGGUCUUGAAAAGACACCAAGUUCACAGAUGAGUGAAGCUGAUUCCUCGGGUCCCAGCUGUCUCUCCAUGAAGAGUGACAGAUCCAUGUACGACCCACUCUAUUUUGGUCUUGAAAAGACACCAAGUCCACAGAUGAGUGAAGCUGAGUCCUCGGGUCCCAGCUGUGUCUCCAUGAAGAGUGAUAGAUCCAUGUACGAGCCGCUCAGCUUUGGUGUUGAAAAGACACAAAGUCCACAGAUGAGUGAAGCUGAGUCCUCGGGUCCCAUCUGUGUCUCCAUGAAGAGUGACAGAUCCAUGUACGAGCCGCUCAGCUUUGAUCUUGAAAAGACACAAAGUUCACAGAUGAGUGAAGGUGAGUCCUCAGGUCCCAGCUGUGUGUCCAUGAAGAGUGACAGAUCCAUGUACGACCCACUCUGGUUUGGUCUUGAAAAGACACCAAGGUCACAGAUGAGUGAAGCUGAGUCCUCGGGUCCCGCCGGUGACUCCAUGAAGAGUGACAGAUUCAUGUACGACCCGCUCUAUUUUGGUCUUGAAAAGACACAAAGGCCACAGAUGAGUGAAGCUGAGUCCUCGGGUCCCGCCGGUGACUCUAUGAAGAGUGACAGAUCCAUGUAUGAACCGCUCUGGUUUAAAAGAAAACGUUCACAUUCGAGUGGAAAUGAGUCCUCGGGUCCCAGCGGUGUCUCUAUGAAGAGUGAUAGAUCCAUGUACGAGCCACUCUGGUUUGGUCUUGAAAAAACAAAAUGUUCACAGAUGAGUGAAGCUGAGUCCUCGGGUCCCAGCUGUGUGUCCAUGAAGAGUGACAGAUCCAUGUACGACCCGCUCUGGUUUGGUCUUGAAAAGACACAAAGCCAGCCGAUUGGGGAGCCAUCCAGCUGUUCAGUGUGUAUGGAAGGUUUGAGGGAUCCAGUCAGUUUAGGCUGUGGACACUGGUCAUGCAAACUGUGCGUCAGUUCAGACGACCCCUGCACCAAGUGUGGAAAGAAACCCAGAAAAGAUCCAGAACACCAGAGGGAUACGGAGGACGACACUGGGGGCAGCCAUCUUUGGAAAGAAACGAAGAAUCUUAAAAAAGCAAUGAAGAAGAAAUUUACUUCGACGUCUGAAGGUGAUGAUGACCAAGAGAACUCCCUGAACAGCAUCUACACAACACUCUUCAUCACCAUUGGAGAGAGUGAAGUGCCACAUGAAGAACAAUUGUUCAGACACAUCAAACAACAACAAUCUUCUGAACAUUCAGUCGACCUCAGUGACAUCUUCAAACCUUCGCCCGGCCAAGAGAAACCCCCCAGAAUAGUCCUGACGAAGGGCGUUGCAGGAAUUGGAAAAUCAUUUUCUGUGCAGAAAUUCAUUCUUGAUUGGGCCGAGGACAAAGCAAACAAGGAUAUUGAUCUUGUUUUCAGUCUGGCUUUCCGAGAGCUGAAUUUGUGUACAGAUAACAAAAGCUUGCACAAGCUCCUGACUGAAUUCCACCCUGCGAUCCACAAUCUGAAAGAUUCAGAAGAUCUCCUCAAAGCCAAGGUUAUUGUGAUCCUGGACGGUCUGGAUGAAAGCAGACUUCAACUGGACUUCGAGAACAAGCCGAUCAAAUCUGUCAGUGAAGUAACAUCUGUGGGUAAUCUCAUAGCAAACCUCAUCCAGGGUAACCUUCUUCCUGAUGCUAACCUGUGGAUAACAUCCCGUCCAGCAGCAGCCAAUCAGAUCCCUGCGAAGUUUGUCGACAUGGUGACGGAGAUAAGAGGGUUCAGUGACCCACAAAAAGAAGAAUACUUCAGGAGGAGAUUCAGUCAGGAUUUGAAUCUUGCUGACAGGAUCAUUUCGCACAUUCGCUCCUCACAGAGUCUCGACAUCAUGUGCCAUAUCCCGAUCUUCUGCUGGAUUGCUGCCGUCUUAUUUAAGGAGAUCUUUGGGGGAGACGAGAAAGCUGAAACUCCUCAAACUCUAACAGAGAUGAUGGCGCAUUUCCUGUUUGCCCAGACAAAACGCAGAAGUAGAAAAUUCGACAAGAAGACUGAGGAAAACAAAAAGCGACUUCUGAAGAAACACAAGGAAUUUCUUGUGAAACUCGGUAAGCUUGCAUUUGUUCAGCUGCAGAAGAACAACCUCAUCUUCUACGAUGAAGACCUGGAAGACUGUGGCAUUGACAUACGAGAGGCAGCCAUCUACUCUGGAUUUUGCACCACAGUUCUUAGGGAAGAAGAAGUCUUUUCCCAGAAAAAGGUCUUCUUCUUUGUGCACCUGACCAUACAGGAGUUCUUUGCAGCUCUUUUUGUCUAUGACUGUUUCACAAACAAGAAUACAAAAGAGCUCGGCAACUUCCUCGAUCUGAAGGACGAAGAACAUUCUUUACUCGAUCUUCUCAAGAUGACAGUUGACAAAGUGUUGGAGAAGAAGAAUGGCCACCUGGACUUCUUCUUGCGAUUCCUCCUUGGCCUCAUGGUAGAACCCAACCGGAGAGUCCUUGAGGGUCUGCUGACAUCGCCGGACCCAAGCCAAGAUACCGACAAGAAAAUCUUGACUCACCUCAAAGCCAUCCGAAGAAAGGCCCUCUCUCCGGACGGUUGCAUCAACCUCUUCCAGAAUAUGGUCGAGAUGAGAGAUCACAAAGUCAAAGAUGAGAUUCAAGAAUAUCUGGAAAAGUCAGAUCGUUCAAGAGCAGAGCUGACUCCCCUGCACUGCUCUGCGCUGGCCUACAUGCUGCAGGUAUCAAAGAAUUAUCUGGAUGUGUUGGACUUGAAGAGUUACAACACAUCAGAGGAAGGCAGAAGGAGGAUGAUACCAGCUGUGAGGAGCAGCAGAAAGGUCAUACUGGCAGACUGCAAAGUGACCGAAGAGUGGGUUAAACAUCUGGCCUUUGGUCUCAAGUUCCCCAACUUACCUCUGAGAGAUCUGAAUCUGAGCAACAAUGACCUGAAAGAUUCAGGAGUGGAGCUGCUCUGUGAUGGGCUGUCAAGUCAAUGCUGCAGACUCGAAACGCUGAGGUUGUCAGGUUGUCAGGUCACAGAGGACGGCUGUGCUUCUCUGGCCUCGGCUCUCCAGUCCAACCCGUCCCAUCUGAUAGAGCUGGACCUGAGCUACAAUCAUCCAGGAGACGCAGGAAAGAAGCUGCUCUCUGAGCUGAAGACCAAUCCACAAAACAAGCUCAAGAAACUCAAUUUUGACCAUGGCGGAAGUAACCGGAUGAUACCGGGAUUCAAGAAAUAUGCCCGUGAGCUCACUUGGGACCCCAAAACAGCCCACAAGAACCUCCUCCUCUCUGAAGGGAACAGAAAGGUGACCUGGGUGAAAGACGAGCAGCAACAUUCCCUUCACCUGGACAGGUUCGAUCACUGCCAACAGGUGCUGGGUGAACACGGUCUAGAUAAGCGCUGUUACUGGGAGUUCGAGGUCGAGGAGCCCUUCAGGAUUGGGUUGACGUACAGAUCCAUCGGCAGGAAAGGGGAUGCGAAUGAUUGCAAGCUGGGAUGCAACGACAAGUCUUGGUGUCUGAUUGGCUCUGAUGAUGGUUGUUUUGUUGUGCAUGACAACCUCAUGGUCAGUGUAGUCUCCCUCUGCUCGCGCUCCAGUCGGUUGGGGGUGUAUCUGGAUUGGCCGGCUGGCACUGUGUCCUUCUACAGAGUUUCCUCCGACAGUCAGACCCGCCUCUAUACCUACAAAACAACGUUCAAUGAGCUCCUCUAUCCUGCUGUUGAACUUCAAACUCAUUCCUCUGCGUUAUUUUAUCAGUAAACGUAACCAAACUUUCUCUGCAUGCACACAUGCAACCAUGUGGCGCAGCAUGUAGAUGGUCGGGACAUGUCCCAUACAGUCAAGGAACAGCUGAAUUGUUCUUUCCAAGAUUUAAAAAAAUCUAGACUUGUGUCAUUGUGGAAAUCACACAUGAUUAAGUUUGCAAUUUGAAUAUUUAUAUUUGAAUAUAGAGAGAUGCAGAGCUUUGGAGCACACAAUUAUUUGUGCUGCUGUGAUUACACUUAUUCACUCACUACACUAGCUUCUCCACUGCUGUCACUUUCCUUGAAGAAGAGCUAAAUAGUGUGUGCUUCACCCGAAAAUGUUAAGGGGCAACAAUGCAAAUUAAUUUAGAGAACAGAGAUAUUAAAGCCAGAUCACACAACAGCUCUGAUCAUCAUCAUCAUUAUCACUUGAUUGGUCUGAAAUGGUCACAUGAAAUGAAUAAAUCUACAUACAUCACU